AGGGAAACACAAGAGAUCGUAGAUUUAAAGGAGAAACAGUACUAAGUUUUUAGUCCUGCAUUUAUAGUCAAACGAGAUUUUAUAUUUGUUCACUCAAUAUUUUUUUCGUGUUUGAUUAUAGCGCGACAACUGUGCGCUAAAAUCGUUCAGGUUACAUUUUAAAGGGGUUGGGGAGGGGGGUUAACAUGUCGAUCCAGUACGAGGCACCGCUGGCUGACAGUUACGGGGUAGCGGACUCGUUCCCCAAAGACUUCGGAUAUGGAGAAGAGGAGGGCGACAUCGAGGACGGCUCUACGUCCUCCGACAGCAAACCGAGGAUCCUGCUGAUGGGGUUGCGCAGGAGCGGAAAGUCGUCUAUUCAGAAGGUGGUGUUUCAUAAAAUGUCCCCCAAUGAGACCCUGUUUUUGGAGAGCACCAACAAGAUCUACAAAGAUGACAUCUCCAGCAGCUCUUUUGUCAACUUUCAGAUCUGGGACUUCCCUGGACAAGUCGACUUCUUUGACCCGACCUUUGAUUAUGAGAUGAUUUUUAGAGGAACCGGGGCCUUGAUAUUUGUCAUCGAUGCACAGGAUGACUAUGUAGAGGCCCUUGGUCGGCUCCACCUAACCGUGUCACGGGCGUAUAGGGUAAACCCAGAAAUCAACUUUGAAGUGUUCAUCCAUAAAGUUGAUGGCCUGUCUGAUGACCAUAAAAUUGAGACCCAGAGGGACAUACACCAGAGGGCUAAUGAUGACCUUGCAGAUGCCAGUUUGGAGAAACUACAUCUCAGUUUUUAUCUGACAAGUAUCUAUGAUCACUCCAUCUUCGAGGCAUUCAGUAAAGUGGUGCAGAAGCUCAUCCCUCAGCUUCCCACGCUGGAGAACCUUCUCAACAUCUUCAUAUCUAAUUCAGGGAUUGAAAAGGCCUUCCUGUUUGACGUCGUCAGUAAGAUUUACAUCGCCACCGACAGCUCACCGGUGGACAUGCAGUCCUAUGAGCUCUGCUGUGACAUGAUCGAUGUGGUCAUUGACGUCUCCUGUAUUUACGGUUUAAAGGAGGAUGGCAGCGGCAGUGCAUAUGACAAGGAGUCUUUGGCCAUCAUCAAACUCAAUAACACCACAGUGCUCUACCUGAAAGAGGUCACAAAGUUCCUUGCUCUAGUCUGCAUACUGAGAGAGGAGAGCUUUGAACGGAAAGGACUGAUAGACUACAAUUUCCACUGUUUCCGGAAAGCCAUUCACGAGGUGUUCGAAGUGGGUGUGUCCACCCCAAGAACAAGCAACCAGCCAGAUGGCACUCCUCUGAAGACUGUUGCCUUAAAUGGCACCCCCUAGGAGCACUGUGUAGAUGGAUGGAGAUUAAGUAAAUGAGAGUGUAGAGUCGAUGGGUAAGGUUAAAAAACAAAGAGAGAGAGAGAGAGACUACAGGAUGGGAUGCAUACUGAGGCGGGUGACUGCAAUUACUGCUCCCAAAA